GUAAAUCGAUUGAGAGAAAAAUACAGGGUUUUUACAGAGUGAUACACGAAGGAAGUAAGGUUUUACUGAGAGAAACGAAGGUAAAACCCAAUGGUUGUCGAAUCAGAAGAAGUUCGCCAUGAGUCAUCUGAAGAAUACGACUCUGAAGAAUACGAAGAUGAUGACGAGGUGCUCGAUACUGAGCACAUAGAUGUGGAAAUGGAAGAAGAUGAUUUCAAGACACAGGGUAAAGAGAGAUGCAAGGAUGCUUUCCUUAACUUCAGUUCUGAUUAUGAAGAUAAUGAAGUCGAUGAAGACAAUGACUUAGUUGAUGAAGAUGAAGAAGGGUUUGGUUCAGAAGAGGAAAUCGAUGACAUAGCAGGGGCUAAUGAUCUUGAUUUGGGAGAUGCGGUUGGUGCAGGCUUCCGCAUUCACGACCCAUCAGUUAAGUGGAAUAAGAUGAAGCCCCUUCUUGGUGAAAGGUAUGAAUCACCACAUCAGUUGCAACAAUGUCUCACUAAUUAUGCUAUUAAGUCAGGGUAUAACAUUAAAUUUGCGAAGUGUGACACUGUGAGAUUAACUGCCAAAUGUGGUUCUAAGAUGAAGUCUCAACCCUGCCCAUUCAGAGUUCAUGCUUCCUGGAUGACUCAAGAAAGGUCUUUUCAGAUUAAAACCUUAGUCGAUGAGCACAAAUGUGUUAGAAAUUUCAAUAUUUCAAAUUUACUGAGUCCCAGAUGGCUAGCAAGACACUUUUUGAAGGAGUUGAUAAUGAAACCUAACUUGAAGUGUAAGGAGAUGCAAUCAAUAAUUAGGACCAAAUUUCAUUGUGGUGUAUCUUGGUCUAAGGCUUACAGAACAAGGUGUAGAGCAAUGACCAUUAUAGAUGGUAAACUUACAGAACAUUAUGCUAGGGUGUGGGACUAUUGCCAUGAGUUACUAAGGUCAAAUCCUGGUAGCACUGUCCAAGUUGGCGUCACUGUAAAUCCAGAUCAAACAACAUACUUUCACAGGAUAUAUUUGUGUUUUAAAGCAAUCAAGGAAGGUUGGAAAAUAGGGUGCUGUAGGGUAAUUGGUCUAGAUGGAUCUUUCUUGAAAGGGACAUGUAAAGGAGAAUUACUCACAGCAAUAGGGAGGGAUGCAAACAACCAAGUUUAUCCAAUUGCUUGGGCAGUUGUUGACAUUGAAAACAAAGCUAAUUGGAAAUGGUUUUUGGAACUGCUCACAGAGGAUCUUAAUCUGCUAGAUGGAGGAGGGUUUACUGUAAUUUCUGAUCAACAUAAGGGAUUGCUUGAAGCAACCAAAGAAGUCCUACCAAAUGUGGAGCAUAGACAGUGUGCAAGACACAUAUAUGCUAACUUUAGGAAGACCUAUUCUGGAGUGGAGUUCAAGAAUAUGUUCUGGGCAGCUUCCUUAUCAACUGUAGAGAGUGAAUUUCUCAGGAAAAUGGAUGAUAUAAAAGAGGUUAAUCCAAAUGCUUAUGAACAUUUGAUCGCAAGAGAUCCUCACACAUGGUGCAGGGCAUUUUUUAGGACUGAUGUAGCAUGUGAGGCAGUUGAAAAUGGCAUUGCAGAGUGCUUCAACGCCAUCAUAUUGGAUGCUAGAAAGAAACCCCUUCUAGCAAUGUUUGAAGAAAUUAGGUUGUACAUGAUGGAUAGGUUCUACCAUAUGUUACAAAAGGCAGAAAAGUGGGAAUCAGUGGUUUGUCCAGCUGCUAUCAAAAAAAUGAACAAGUUUGGAGAGGAUUUGAGGAAUUGGAAUGUGAAUCCAAGUGGACCAUCUAUUUUUGAAGCCAAGAAUGGAUUAGAAGGGUACGUGGUUAACUUACGAAGCAGAGUGUGCAGUUGUAGGCUUUGGGAUAUCUCAGGAAUUCCAUGUGUACAUGCACAGUGUGCAAUAUUAUUCACUGGACAAGAUCCUGUUCAUUUCAUAAGUGAGUGGUUUCAUGUGGACAGGUUCAAGGCCAUAUAUGCAAACAAUAUACUACCUGUGAAUGGUAGAAAUUUAUGGCCUAGAACAUCAUACAUAAAGCCUCUACCCCCUUUAGCUAGAAGAAUGCCAGGGAGACCAACUCUGAAAAGAAAGAGGCAUGCCACUGAAUCUCAAGACAAAUACUCCCAAAAUAAGAUGAAGGUUACAGGAAAAGGAAGGACUGUCCAAUGCAAAAAUUGUCUUCAAAGGGGUCAUAACAAGGCAUCCUGUAAGAAUCCUUAA